AUGUCGAGUCUGCACAAGAGCCGGAUUGCGGACUUCCAGGAGGUCCUGAAGGAGCCCACCAUCGCCUUGGAGAAGCUCCGGGAACUCAGUUUUAGUGGCAUCCCCUGUGAGGGUGGACUCCGGUGCCUCUGCUGGAAGAUUCUCUUAAACUACCUCCCCCUGGAGCGUGCCUCAUGGACCGCCAUCCUGGCCAAGCAGAGGGAGCUGUAUUCCCAGUUCCUGAGGGAAAUGAUUAUCCAGCCCGGCAUUGCCAAGGCCAACAUGGGUGUGUCCAGAGAGGAUGUGACCUUUGAGGACCAUCCUCUCAACCCCAACCCCGACAGCCGGUGGAACACCUACUUCAAGGACAACGAGGUGCUGCUGCAGAUCGACAAAGACGUCCGGAGGUUGUGCCCGGACAUCUCCUUCUUCCAGAGGGCCACCGAGUACCCGUGCCUCCUCAUCCUGGACCCCCAGAACGACUUUGAGACCCUCCGUAAGCGGGUGGAGCAGACGACGCUGAAGUCCCAGACGGUGGCCCGGAACCGGAGCGGGGUCACAAAUAUGAGCUCCCCACAAAAGCACUCAACGCCGUCAUCCCUGAAUGAGUACGAGGUGCUGCCCAACGGCUGCGAGGCCCACUGGGAGGUGGUGGAGCGGAUCCUGUUCAUCUAUGCCAAGCUCAACCCUGGCAUCGCUUACGUGCAGGGCAUGAACGAGAUUGUGGGGCCCCUCUACUAUACCUUCGCCACCGACCCCAACAACGAGUGGAAAGAGCACGCCGAGGCAGACACCUUCUUUUGCUUCACCAACCUCAUGGCCGAGAUACGGGACAACUUCAUCAAGAGCCUGGACGACUCACAGUGUGGCAUCACCUACAAGAUGGAAAAGGUGUACUCCACCUUGAAGGAGAAGGAUGUGGAACUCUACCUGAAAUUGCAAGAGCAGAACAUAAAGCCCCAGUUCUUCGCCUUCCGCUGGCUGACGCUGCUGCUGUCCCAGGAGUUCUUGCUGCCUGACGUCAUCCGCAUCUGGGACUCCCUCUUCGCUGACGACAGCCGCUUUGACUUCCUCCUCCUGGUGUGCUGCGCCAUGCUCAUAUUGAUCCGGGAGCAGUUGCUGGAAGGGGAUUUCACUGUAAACAUGCGGCUCCUUCAGGAUUACCCCAUCACAGAUGUCUGCCAGAUCCUACAGAAAGCCAAGGAACUCCAAGACUCCAAGUAG